AUGACAUUUAGCCACACAUUUAGUCAAAAUUGUGGCAGGCUUGUGUUUGAAAAAGUGUGGCUAAAGCCCAAUUUUGGCGUAGUGAACUCAAAGAAAGCAGCUUCCGCAACUUCUGAUUUGCUUGACACUGAACUCAUACAGUAUCUUAAGCUGGUUUUAGAUUCAAAUAAUCAGCUGGUGAAAACUUAUAGGCGUGUACGAGAUCGGUUGGUUGAUAAUCCUCAUGUUGACCUAAAACUACGGCUUAAGGCAAAUAGGUCUAAAGAUGGUCGUACAUACAACCUACCGACGUCGUCCAAAGUUGUUGCGCUUAUAGUUGGAGACCUUGAGGAAGCUCUUGAUAAUCGUGAUGUAGUUGUUGAGUCGAAGAAAGAUGGUCUACAGCGUAUAAGCGAGCUUCAUCCAUCGUAUCUCGCUCUUCAGUAUCUAGUGUUUUUCCCUUUUGGUGAAGAUGGUUACCGAAUUGAUAUUCUUCAUAGAGAAGGAAGGGCGUCAACGAAGAAGAAAGAGUCAAAAGGUACAAUGAGAAAGUAUUUUGCCUACCAUGUUCAAGAUAGAGUCAAUCAUUUCUCUUUGAUUCUUAAUGCUCGAAGACUUUUGCAACAGUUCUUGGUUGACGUUUAUACCAUGAUUGAAAGUGAACGAUUACUAUUCAUACGUCUACAGCAAAGGAACCUCAGAUCUGAGACAUAUGAGAACCUUAAGAAGCUUGGACAAAACGGUAAUCCAGAUAUGUCAAAUGUUGGAACACGCGUACUACUACCGUCUUCGUUUACCGAAGGAUCGCGUUAUAUGAGGGAGAAUUAUUAUGACGCGAUGGCCAUUUGUAAAUGGUUUGGUUACCCCGAUUUCUUCAUUACGAUAACUUGUAAUCCGAAAUGGCCGGAGAUUAAACGAUUUCUGAAGGACAAGAACAUUAAUUCGGAGGAUAGACCGGACAUUCUAUGUCGAUUGUUCGAAAUGAAGCUUGACGCGAUAAUAAAAGACUUGCGAGAGAAAUCUUUAUUCGGCAACGCAUCGGCAGUUGUGUAUACGAUAGAGUUUCAGAAACGAGGUCUACCUCAUGCCCAUAUCUGUCUGUUCUUAAAUGACGAAAGCAAGCUUCCAUCGGUUGACCAUGUUGACAAUUUUAUUUCUGCCGAGAUACCUGACAAAAACUUAGAGCCAGAUCUGUUUAAUCUUGUCAGCGACUACAUGAUUCACGGUCCUUGUGGUGUUGCAAAACCAAAUUGUCCGUGUAUGGUAGAAGAUUCAGGAUUUUUUGUUGAGAAAUCUGGUAUUCAGCUUGAUAACAGAAGCGUUGUUCCGUAUAGCAAAACCCUUUUGAGACGUUAUCAGGCACACAUUAACGUCGAAUGGUGUAACCAGGCUGCGUCCAUAAAGUAUUUGUUUAAAUACAUUAAUAAAGGACCAGAUAGGGCAGAAUUUGGUUUUGUACAAAAUGCCGAUGAAGGUCAGCUUGAAGAUAGUAAAGAUGAAAUCAAAGAGUAUUACGAUUGCAGAUAUCUAUCGGCUUGCGAAGCUACAUGGCGCAUCUUUGCAUUUGAUGUUCAUUACCAGUAUCCAUCCGUAAUGAGGCUUCCGUUUCAUCUACCAGAUAAACAAAACGUUGUAUACGGCCCUGAUGACGAUCUUGAUAGUGUUCUUCAUAAAUCAUCUGUUGCUAGUACGAUGUUUUUGGGGUGGAUGGAAAAGAAUGAAAAAGAUCCGCUAGCGCGCAGUCUUACUUACGUUGAGUUUCCUACUAAAUUUGUUUGGAAGCAGCAGGAAAGGGUAUGGGAUAAGCGGAUAAUAGGCAAAACCAUUGGUCGAAUUCACUGUGUUAAUCCUUCUAUGGGCGAGGCUUACUUUUUAAGAAUCCUUCUUAAUAAGGUAAAAGGGCCUAAGUCUUUUGAAGAGAUUCGUACUAUUAAUGGAGAAGUCUUCCCAACAUUUAGAGAUGCGUGCUAUGCUAGAGGCCUUUUAGACGACGACAAGGAGUAUAUAGAAGCUAUCAAAGAGGCAUACUACACAGGUUCAGGAUACUAUCUUCGUAAUCUGUUUGCUACAAUGUUGGCGUCUGAUACAUUAUCAAGGCCGGAACAUGUUUGGGAAAACACAUGGGAGUACCUUUCGGAUGGUAUUUUAUACAAUCGUCAAAAGCUUUUGAGGAUCGAAGGUUUGUCUCUUCCAGAAGAACAAAUAAGGAACCUAACGUUGCUGGAAAUUGAGCGUUACUUAUUACGUAACAACUCAAGUCUAAGUCGGUUUCCGACUAUGCCUCAACCCGACAGUGAGUCAAUAUAUUCGGCAGACAACCGAUUAAUUGCUGACGAGCUUCGGUACGAUGUAAGCGCUACUGCCAUCGAGUUUAAUAAUAAUUUAAGAAGCCUAACCAAUGAGCAGCGUUUAGUGUUUGAUGAGAUAAUUGCAGCAGUUAAUAGUAAUGCUGGCGGUGUGUUCUUCGUCUAUGGCUACGGAGGGACUGGAAAGACGUUUCUGUGGAAGACAUUAUCUGCAUCUAUUAGAUGUAAAGGAGAUAUUGUACUUAAUGUUGCAUCAAGUGGUAUCGCAUCUCUUUUGUUACCUGGUGGACGUACUGCACAUUCAAGGUUUCAUAUACCUUUGAAUUUAACAGAAAGCUCGAUGUGUUUUAUUAAACCGGACGAUGACGUUGCUGAUUUGUUAAGGAAAACUAAAUUGAUAAUUUGGGAUGAAGCACCGAUGAAUCAUAAACAUGCGUUUGAAGCACUUGACCGAACAAUGAAAGAUAUUUUCAAAUGUGAGAUGACCUUUGGUCGUAAAGUUAUGGUGUUCGGUGGUGACUUUAGACAGAUACUUCCGGUUGUACCAAAUGGAAGUAGGCGAGAAAUCGUUAAUGUUUCAAUCACUUCGUCGUAUAUUUGGAGUAGUUGCAAGGUCCUUACGUUAACCAAAAACAUGAGGUUAACCGUAGGAGCGAACGCAUCUGAUAUAGAAGAGAUUAAAGCUUUUGCGAAUUGGUUGCUCGAGUUGGGGGAGGGAAAAAUUGGUGGCAGUGACGAUUGUGAGGUGGUUAUAGAUAUUCCUGAAGAUUUGUUAAUCAAAUGCUCUGAGGAUCCUAUGUCAGAUCUGAUCGACUUUGUAUAUCCUUCACUUCUCCAACUGUACAAAGAUAAAGAUUAUUUUGCUGAAAGAGCUAUACUAGCACCAACAAACAAGGUUGUUCAAGAAAUUAAUGAAAGAUUGCUUGCUUCGUUUCCUGGCGAUGAAGCCGAGUAUCUGAGUUCUGAUAGUAUUUGUCAAACUGAUCAAGCAAAAAACCAAGCACAUGCGAGACUAUAUUCUCCCGAUGUUCUCAAUGGUCUUAAAAUUUCUAGUUUGCCUAAUCAUCGAUUAGUCCUUAAAGUUGGUGUGCCUGUAAUGUUGCUUCGUAAUAUUGAUCAAAAAAAUGGUUUGUGCAACGGUACUAGACUGCGGAUUACUAAAAUUUAUAGACGUGUUAUAGAGGCUGAGAUUAUAUCCGGCGGAAACAUAGGGACCAGAACGUUUAUUCCACGAAUCAGUUUGACACCGUCAGAUAAAAGAAUUCCUAUCAAGUUUCAACGACGAAAAUUCCCGUUAAAUGUAUGUUUUGCAAUGACUAUAAAUAAAAGUCAAGGACAGUCUCUAUCAAGGGUUGGAUUGUAUUUGAAGUAUCCAGUUUUCUCACAUGGUCAGCUUUAUGUUGCGUUAUCAAGAGUUAAAAACAGAGCCGGUGUGAAGUUGCUUAUACUAGAUAAAGAUGGGAAUGUAACGAGUAAAACAACAAAUGUAGUCUACAAGGAAGUUUUUUCCGGCAUUUAA